CCGCGAUGGUGCCGGCGACACCACGACGAUGGAGAUCGGAUGCAGAAUAGUGACCAAGCGACCCACACGCACGAGCCCAACUCGGCAGCGACAGUCGUUGCAACAACCGUCGGCAGCGUCGAUGCGGCCGCAGUCCGCCAAACUAAACGCGAAGUUUCAUGACCUCGCUCUGCGGCCAGAGAAGAAGAAACGUGGACGACCAACAACUGCAAAGUCACGCGACGUCAAGUUCACGCCAGAGUACCCCCAGCGAGGGCAGCACCGCAACCAUCUCGACAGAAUCCACGACACUCGAAAGCCUACCGCGACCGCCGAAUUGUGGAGCGAUGAAGAAGACGACGAUGGUGGCGUUCUUGGCGAUGACCCAGCCAUCUCCAAUACGAUCGUCGCAGCCCCAAACUGUUCCAAGCUCAAGAUGACGGUGGUGCAAUCCAUCCUGCAACGCGAGGAGUGCCUUGCCACGAUUGUCGAGCGCUGUCGAGAAGGUAGAUGGGGAAGUGAAGGCACCGGUCAGAUUCUUCCGCUGCUGGUGCCACUGCGGCUGCAUUCGCUGGCGGUCGUCGAGAGCAUCCAGCGGUGGAAGGCGGCUGCCAACAACCGAGCGUUCGUAUGGGAUGACGCGAGCUAUCUGCACAAAAUGACGACCGAUACGGACAUAUUGGAUCAGUAUUUGUCGCUCGAGCUCGGGUUCCCAGUCGUUCGGAAUCCUUUCUUGUCGUCGAUGGCGCUGGACACCCCGCAAUUGACAUUGCUUGUGUGCUGUCCACACAAACCACACCGAACCGACCACGUUGUGCAAUGUAUCGCGCGGCGGUUGCAUUUUGGAGAUCUCGAGCCAGGCGACAUGACUCUAAAUGCGAGGGUGAUCUCGGCCUUGGUGGCCAUCGUGAAAGAGGAGAUGGAGCGCCGACUCGAUGAAGAAGCCACCAAAUCCACCCACCCACACAAAACGUCGUGUCACCUCGACAUAUUGACUUUGAACGUGGAACCUGAAUCGGAAGGUCCGGUGGUUGCCGCGCAGAACAAGCACACUCAGAGGCAGCAGCUCUUGCAUCAAACGGCGGCGUCGUCGAGACAGCUAUCUGUGGAGAAGCAACGUGCCAGCCCUUCGAAACAAAACCAUCAAGAUAUGCCACUUCAAAAGCCUUGCACAAACCGACUGGGAAACGUGCCGCUGGGUGCCUCAAUCCAGGCGAACGCCGUGCCACUCAAUGACGAACCCGUGAACGCCGACCUGCGCCGCAUCUUUGCCUUGUGCAGCGACGUGACUACCGCAGCAAGUCAUUUGCAAAGACAAUUGCAUGUCCUGGACACCGUCACACAAGAUGCCACUACCGCGACGAACAGUCAUGAACGAAUGGUACCCCUGCGGUCUUCUCUACCGUUCCACGCCUCGUCACUGGCAACGCCAGGAGUGGGCGACUCGACUUCGGCCGAACUCCCCUUGCCAAACCUGUCCAGUUCAUCAACCACCGCCAUCCUCGGCAAUCAAGACAACCUGACGUCGUACAUCGACACGCUCUCGGCUCGCAUUGCUCGGUUGCGGGCGCUUGACGCAGAUUCUGCCUUGGACACAGACUACGUACACAUAGCCCAUCCAAGGCGGGACUCAAUGAACGACGACACGUCGCCGCUGCCGAUUGAACCAAGGUUGCACGGCGCAUCGUUCAAGCAGUCGAGCGAAGCCCCAUCUCUAGAAAAAUUUGGUGUGAAGCGAAUGGUCGAUAUGCAGCACAACACGCAAGCCAAGACGCAUUCGACCAACUCGCUAGACCCGUCCAGUCGUCGGAGCCCUGUCGCUUCCAAGAAAUCGGCCAAACCACACGACCGCAGCGACAAGGCCGUGGCAACGCAAGCUCUCUUCACAUGUUCCAAACAGAACCGAGUAGCAUCGUCGACGCGAUCAACGCCAUUGCGAACCUCCCUCGGCCGCACAUCAGACGAGAUCGCUGAAGAUGCCAACAAUCCAGGGAAUGUUGUGCUGCAUCCCAGUCCAGUCCAAGCGAAACGCGACAACUCUCGCACAGGUCAACCCCCCCGCCAAAACAAGCCACGAAUGCCCUACGAAGCAAUCGAUGUGGACCAACCCGUCGCCGACAAAAGACCUGUCUCCAAGAUAAUUCCACGUGACGCCGAGCACGCCCGACGCCGAAAGACCGGAGACCACCGCAUGCACUGCGUGGCCCAGCACCGCGCUGCACUCCGCUUGCAAGCGUGGUGGCGCUACAUCCUAAGGCAGCGGUCACGGUACCAAAGUCGGCGGUGUCAAGCGUUUGCUGUCCAAACGAUUGAAUGGGCGUACAUGCGUCACCGCCGGCGUCGUCGUUCAUGCGUUGACCAGGGCGGGCGUAGCGAAGACGAGAAGCACGCAAAGGUGGCAACAAUGCUGCAGGAAUGGGCACGUCGUCGGACGGCCAUACGACGCGAGUGGCGCGCUCGUUGCUACAAGAAGCACCGAGAGGUAGCAGGACGUUCGAUUCAAAGAUCAUGGCGGGAAUAUCGGCAACACAAGACUACCGCCAUCGCAGCGAUGGUUGAAUGCACCUGGAAAAGAAUGGUGACCAGCGUGUGGACACACGUGUGUGCGAGAUCCCAUGCGGCUGCGACGAUCCAAAGGAGUUACUUGACGUGGCAAUUCAACCGGCAAGCCCAUCUCCAAGCAGCGAUUAUCGAGGCAGCCCCACCGAUUGCGGUCGUCGCACCACAACCAUCCAUUCUUGCAGAAACCAGUCGGGGGUGCAUUCCGCCACUAUUGACCACCAUCGAACGUACCAUUCAAGACCAGUACGCUGACGAAGGAUUCGAGUCCGAUGCGAGCGGCGGUCGUGACCACAACGCCGACCCAAGCUCAACCCGAGGCGACAUCUGCCGCGCAACGCCAAACGAUUGUGGCGACGACAACGUGUACACCGACGACACGAUUCCUGAAGACGUUGAUCCGAAAGCGGUUUUGAUGCCGUACUUUGUCCUGUGGAUGACAAAUCGAUUGCGACGCAUACAGUACCGGGACCUGGUCCGCCGCGCCAAGCGUGAGCGGGUGCGGCUGGCAUGUAAGACGUGGCACGACCAAAGUCGGCGCUCCCGUCGAGUCCGCACCGCGUUUCGGGCCUGGAACGACCAAACCCAAUUUGAAAAGGACAAGCGCGUGCAGACCCGCAAUGAGUUUGCUCUGUCCGCCAAGGCGUGGAAGCAGUUGCAGCGAGGCAAGCUCGCUGCCAAACCAACCUAACGCUGUGAGCAGCAUGGGGAUGGUGCCAUCGAGAAAACUCGCCUGCAGCGACUUCGACCGGUCCGUUCCAUGGCACCCACGCAUGACAAAUAGACGUAGAUUACUUUAGAUUCGAGAGGGGCCGACUGGUCUGGCGAUGCAGGGGCGCAGCCGGAGGAGGAGCGGUGCCGUCCGCCAUGCGGUGUUCGUAAAAGCACUUGGACCCAAACGGACAAGUCCCCCUGCGCAACACGCGUCGUCCGUGAGAUGCUUUCAUGUUGUCCAGUCGACAGUUGGAACCGUACCGGCCUUGGGCAAACAGCCGGCAUGGGAUUUGAGCGACGUUUGUCUAGAUAAUUUGGAAUUGAGUGGACGAUAUCGAGACCGAA